GCUCGCUCGCCGCGGUCACGAGAGCACUGGGAGAGUGACGUCACUUUCCCAAACCAGGCAGCAGCCGUUGAGUUGAGUUGAGUGCCGAGCGAGAGACUGGCAGGACUCCGUGAGCAGCUCAACUUUUAAUGUAUGCGUGCCGAGUUGGGCCAGUGUGUUGCACAGUUUUCUUCUCCUUUAUGCAUCCUCCUGCUCGACUUAGCUUAACAACAGCUCGCUGUUUUCUCACCGGCUCGCCAGCUAAUCUGCUUUUGGCACAAAAAGCGGUUGUGUGUCAGUUUCUUUUAUGUAUCCAGCCUUCCUGCGACUCCCAACGCAAAACAGGGACCUAACUGCCAGUAAUCAUUGCAAUGAGGCUCAAAUUGCUUACAUGGUGCUCUUGGUUGAAAUACAUGCAGACACAGAGGACCCUGGAAAUAAUAAUAAUGAACCUUGACUGAGUGACUGAGUGGGUGACUGCAUGGACCGGACUGAACAUGAAGAGCCUUAAAGCCAAGUUUAGAAAAACUGAUGUCAAUGAGUGGAACAAAAACGACGAGCGCCUGCUUGCUGCGGUGGAGCAUGGCGAGGUGGAGAAGGUGGCAUCACUUCUUGCCAAGAAAGGUGCCAGCGCUGCAAAGCUGGACAGCGAGGGCAAAUCGGCUCUUCAUGUGGCAGCUGCACGCGGUCAGACAGACUGCCUAUCUGUCAUCCUGGCCCAUGGCCAUGGAGCUGACAUGUCUAUCACUGAUGCUGCAGGUUUUAAUCCGUUACACCUGGCUGUCAAAAACAAUCACAUCGAGUGCUGUAAAAAGCUAAUUCAGAGUAAAUGCCCUAUCGAUGCUGUAGACAGCUCAGGAAAGGCUGCUCUGCAUCAUGCUGCUGCCAGCGGGAACAUCCAGACUGUCCAACUGCUGUGUGAACUCAAAAGUCCCAUCAACCAGAAAGAUGCAGAUGGGCUCACCCCAUUGUUGUUGUCAGCCAAACACGCUCAUGCUGAAGUAUGCAGCACUUUGCUGGACUGCGGUGCUGAAGUCAACGCUUCUGACAACAGUGGCAGGACAGCCUUGAUGCUGGCCAGCGAGUCCAACGCUGUUUCUGUUGUUGAAAUCUUGGUUCAGCGAGGAGCAGAUCUGUCUGCUGUAGAUUCACAAGGCCAUGAUGUUGCACAGCACGCCAAGCUGUCGGGCAACUCUGAGGUCAAAGCUGUCCUCACUGCUGCCCUGAACAGACAACAGGCCUCAGAUACAAAGUCUCCUUUGACAGAUACAAAGUCUCCUAGAAGUCCUCAGCAUGAUCAAGUAGCUAAGCUAAGUGAUGAACGGAUCACAACUCCCAAAAAACGAAAAGCACCUCCACCUCCUAUUAGUCCACUGCAGAGCUCUGGACCCUCUUCUCCUUCAGACAUUACCUCCACUGGCACCCCUGCAUCCAACAAAAGAGACCUCUACAAGGAGGAUGAAGUUAGAGGUAUGGCACUGAAAGAGGAGGUUGACAAGCUCCAUGAGGAGAGAAACAUGUUGCUGGAGACUAUCGAAGACCUGAAGCAGACGGUAGAGCAGACGGUGACUGUUCCUGAACAGGAUACAAAGGUCGAGCACAGUGUUACAGCAUCUGCAGCUCUGGUUUCUGCUCUGCAAGCCAAGAUUAAUGCUCUAGCUUUGGAGAACCAGCAACUUGCAAGCAAACUCAAGAAAUAUCCGUCCCUCCAAGGAGGUGAGGACCCGAAGGAGACCAGUCGUCCAAACAGCAUGGCCUCCAACUCCUCCUUCCACUCCACCCAGGAUGAGUUUGAUUUACUGCCACAAGUCCCUUCCACCACCCAAGUGGAAAGGGAAGACAGUUCAGGUGUCAGACAGGAGGAAGAAGAGAGUGAAGUAGCGAGAGGAGGGAGCAAAGAGGAGAUCAGACUGUUAAGACAGGCGCUAGAGGGCGUUCAAAUAAAACUGCUAGAAACCAGGAAGGAAAACCGCUCACUUCAGGCCCAGCUGAAACCUGAGCAAGGCAGAGAAAGAGAGGAGUAUGAAUGCAUGAGGGAGAAAGGAAGAGAGGAAGAGUUGAUGGAGAGUCUAGCAGAGCUUCAGGCCAAGCUGACAGACAUUCAGGAGAGAUACCACCAAGCUGUGGAGGAGGUGGAGGAGCUGAGAGCGAUGAUGGGAAGGGGAGGAGGUGAGCUGAUGGAGAAACAGGAGGUCCAGAGACGCGAGUCAUCCGCACUUGAACAUGAAGUAAAACUGCUGAAAGCCCAGCUCGUCCAAUCGGGAUCUGAGCAAGAGGAAGCAGCUCAACGAAUCAGACAGCUGGAGGAGGCGCUGAGGAGUGUAGAGGAGGAGAGACUGAGUGUAAAGGAGAAAGAAGAGAGGACUGCACAGAUUGAGGACCUGUACAAGGAGGCACAGGAGGAGAUUAGGAUGCUCCAGGAGGCUCUGAGGGGCACAGUGCCAGUUGAAGCUGCAGCCAAAGACUUUGAAGAAAUGAAGGCUGAACUAAACGAGGUAAUUGCUGGGCUGCAGCGCCGCCUGCUGGAACUCUCGCACUCCUACAGUGAAACUAAGAGCCAGCUAAGUGCUGCACAGAAACAGCUGGCUGAGGCCCGAGCUGAAAGCAGCGCAGCCUCAUCCCCCUCCUCAGAACAACAACAGCUGCAGCAACAACAGGUCCAGGUGCUAAACAGCAAGGUGGAGGAGCUGCAGACGUCACUAGCUGAGACGGAGAAGAAGUACUCUGCCGCUCAAGAGGAGAUUUCAGCGCUGAGGCAGGAGGCAGAAGCUCAGGCACAGAGCUCUGUGGCCCUCACUGACCACACACAGGUGAUGUCAUCUCUGGGAAAUGCCAUCAAAGAGUUGGAAAGCCAGUCAGAAGCCCUGAAGGAGCAGUUACACCAGAAAGCCCUGCAGGUGGAGGCUCUUCAGAACAGGCUGACAGCAGAGAAAGAUGUCACCCUAGAUGAUUCAGUCUCCCGUGUGGAGCAUGAGACCACACGAGAGCAACUGGAGGGAGAGGUGAACCACCUGACGCAGCUCCUCCAGGGGGCACUCAGGAAGCAGGAUGAGAUGGCACUGGAGGCUGCUGAUGCAUGGCAGAAGGCACGGGAGAAUCGUGCAGAGCGGGAAGCCCUGCAGGAGCUGGUGAUGUCGAGGGAGAAGGAGAACCAGACGCUUACCUCCAGGCUGGCUGAGUCCCAGGAUGCUGUGUGUCAACUCAAACAGUUGGUGGAGAAUCAUGUUGCCUCAGAGAGAGAGAAGAACAAGAGGAUAGAUGACCUGUCACGGGAGGUGGGGAAGCUGAAGGAUGCCUUAAACAGCCUAUCACAGCUCUCCUACAGCUCUGGUUCUCCCUCCAAGAGACUGCAGCAAAGCCAGCAGCUGGAGACGAUGCAGCAACAAAUCAAACAACUACAGUCCCAGCUCGCUGAGUCCAAGAAGCAGCACAAUGAGAUAGUGUCAGUCUACAGGAUGCACCUGCUCUAUGCUGUCCAGGGUCAGAUGGACGAAGAUGUCCAGAAAGCCUUGAAGCAGAUCCUGAUGAUGUGCAAAAUGCCAAGCCAAGCCAAGGAGGCCUGCUGAGACACACUGGGUCUGGUUUCCCAAAAGCAUGUCGGGGAACGAAACUGAAGUGAACUGCUGCUGUCAGCUGCAUUCGUCGCCACAUGUCCUCCAUGUCUGAAUUCACACGUUGCUUGUGCUGAUUACAAGCAAGGCCAACACAUGGUGCCUCUGGAUAAACCUUGAGUAUUUGUUAAUGAGGAAUAGGUUUACAAUCAUAGGUUCAUUGCCAUUUUGACUAAGAUGUAAAGGUUGUCAAUGUUACAAUGGAAGAUGUUUUUGGGACACACCAGCCCAGCAUACAGAUACUGUACAUCAGCCAACUGACCAUUCAAAUGAAUGGUAUCCUCUGUGUACCAGCCAAACUUAUAUUCUCAGUAUGUGCACACUAACACUACACUGUCAAUGUGCACAAACCUUAAAUCACAUGCAGUUGGACAAGUGUGAUAAUGCAAACAUACAUGUACUCAGACAUAAACAUACAUGUAUGUGCGCACUAAUCAGUCCAAUGAAAACAGUGAGUUUGUCGUUUGUUCCUGUUACAAUGUGUGCUUAGAGAAAUAAAAGCCUCAGUUGGCGCUGCUGUUAAUAGUAUCUAUUUUAUGAUACAACCGUGUUUUUACUUGUUGUCUAAAUGUUUCAUGGUUGUCAACAUUUUCCUGAUACCAUCUAAAUUAUUUGUGCCCACUUAACAAUGCAUGUGACUUUGCCCAACGCCAGCCCAAAAAUCACAUAGAAAUGUUUUUUGGCUGCACUUCUAUGAGGAAAAAGCAUGAUACUGUUUGUAUUGCUAUUUUCCUAUUAGCACAAAAAUGUAUUUUACUGAAAUGUAUUAUCAUGCCAUGUUUUCUAAGUUACUGUACUUUAAUGAAGAGGUUUGAUAGCUGUGUUUUUGAUGGCCUUGUUUUGUGUGUGUGUGUGUGUUUUGUGUGAAUGAAAUGCUUUUUCCCUUGAGUAUAACAACGCACUAUUUGGUCUAGUGACACCUGAAUUAGUUUAUUUUCCCAUUAUUAUUCAUACUUUACAUAUAAUGUUUUGAAUAUAAUUGUUUACUGUAAUGAAAAAAACAAAAGAUUUCACUUGUAACAAAAGCCCAACAGUAUGGGCUCAAUAUUUUUGUCUUUUUGACUCAGAGGAUAGUUGGGAGGUAAGCUUUUUAGUUCUUAUAUUUCCUCUCCUCUUGUCUACUCUUACACUUUGGUCUUUUGUUCUUACUUGAAAAGCAUGCAAAAUGUGUUUGCUGAAAGCAAAUGGUUGAGUUUGUUGUCACAUGCCUGUAAUCAGACAGUUUUUUUCUGGCUCUGCAGUACUUUCAACUGAGAAUUACUGUCAAUAAUCAGUAUUUCUCAAUUGUCAUAGAUGCCAAUCUCACUAGGCUUCCUUGUACCAUCUUAUUAAUUUAUUUACAUAUACCAGGAAUGUCUUUUAUUCUGUCUUACUGUUUGUGAUACUCCCAUCUCUUUCAGUGUUUCUUCGUAGGUACGGAUAUACACUGUGCAAUGUUUCAGAUUACAUUUCAAAUGCAAUUCUUUGAACAGGUCUUCUGAACUGUUUUCACAUCACACUCCUUUGCCUUAGUACUGUACUAAGAGCCAUAGUGAACAGUGUUUGAGAUCAUUAAUACACUAACGCUGUUUAACUGUAGUCGGAUGAAAUUAAUUUGUAUCUGACUGGCUGACUGAUUUAAGCUUAUUUCUCACUCAGGAACUUUUUUACUGAACACAAUUUACACCUGACUGAGAUUUGUUCGACCCUGAGUAGAGCUUCUGCUUUAUUUCAUAGGUUGUAGAAUAUCAUAAACAACUUCUCUCUCUUUCUCUCUAGGCCUUGACUGAAAUGCUUUCUAACAAGAAAGGGAAAAGAAAGACAUCUUUUCUGUUGGUUGUUUCUUCACUAAUAGUCUUGUAAUGACGAUUUAAAAAAAAAUGCUUGUUUGCCAACUGCUUUUUUGCCCCCAUUAAUAAAUUUUCAAGAUACUGAA